AUGGUUAAUAACCCCUCGGACGUUCGUCUUUGGGAUUUCGUCAGAUCUCCGACGGUCGAUCCAAAUGCUGUGUUGCAUAUGAAUCCAACCUGUCCGGUCCCGUGGACUGCGGUGGAGGACAAGCAUCAAUACGCGGAUCAAGCACUCUCAUCAGUGAUUCUGUUACCCGACCGAAAUCGCACUUUCGCUGCGCACUUUGUCCGUUCACACAACCCUUCGCCAUCCGCUGAAUACCGUCUACUAUCUAUUAUUUACAGUGCAUCAAAAGCUGAUCGUGUCUAUCGUCAUUUCACGCGAGCCCAUUCUACCACACCUCAAAAUGACGCAUUUCAACCAACUUCGGUAUCAGAUAUCGCACGCGAAAGACUUCCAAGCGAAAUCGCAGAAAACUUGAAUCACAAGUCCCCUUCGAAUGCAUUCCAACCUCGCCUGUCACCCGUGAAAGAUGUCGUAGAUCCACUAUAUCUUGUUCCUCCCCGUUGUGAUGCUUCCUCGAAAGGAACAACAGAAGGUUCUGCUCUAUCCCCACAGGCAGUGUGCAAUUCCCCCUCGGUACCCCCUACACUCAGCUCAUGCAGAACCGGGUUGGAACAAAACACAAAUGGUGCUACAUCAUCAGGUCCCAGUGUUCUUGCCAAAUGUUUGGAAAACUGUUCUCGGAUCCCGCUGUCAACUGUCAGACGCCGCAAACAAGUGUUCAGCUCUAUUCACAGAUACACAGAGGAGUUAUUUGAUGAACAAUCGACCGACCACUUACUGCUCACCGUCUCUCCUGAUUCCUCCUCACCCUCCGAUGAAUCGCAAACUGGCGAACUGUCACCAAGUUCUUCAACCUUACGGCCUCUGUUUGUCGAUCUCUCGUCAAAACCAAAUAAGCUACCUAAUACGGAUCAGCGCUCGUCACUCUGUUCAAUCACAGCAGUCACUCCGGUUUCGGAUGGCGUUCCUUCAGCCUCAACAACUCCACAUGAUCGAGUUACGCAGGAAAUGUCGACUACAGAACCGGAAGCGACCGAACAUAUCCCCGCAGCGCCAGAAGCCGUGGUCAGUUCUUUUGCCGAUGGAGACGAGGAUGAUUUGGUGUUCCUUGGUUUUAACCUCGAUGGAAAAAUGGCGUGUCGAAGUCUCAACCGGUCCGCAACCUACAAACUCGGUGAACCACACGCGGAUCGCUCGAAAUCAGGAACCGCGCUCGGAUCGUCCCGUCUUCGUCCCAGACGACGAUCCACGCCAAUCCCAGUCAAUCCGCAAAAAUCCCCCCGUUUGUCAGAGCCAGUAAAACCGGUGAAGUUGGUUUCCACUACCCCGGGAACAAUUCAACCGGCCGAUCGAAUUACAGUUGAUAUUUUCACCGGAGAAGUGUAUGUGGAUAACCGACCGCUUCGUGCCCUUAUUGGUGGGAUGCGACUAACACGCAAUAUACCGUGGCGUGAGGAACCAGCUUUAGGCACUCGUGGCGGUACCCGUCGGGGGCGUGCGGCAGCUCAUUCUGCCCCGACUAGAUUCCAACGGGGUGGAUCCCACGGACGUAAUUCAUGCAUUGGUGAUGUCUUUUCUCGCGACAUGCAAAAUGCAUCUGUAUCAAUAAAGAGAACAGGUCGUGGAAAUUCCAUUUCUCGGGGACGUCGAGGCUCAGCUCUCCUUGCCCGGAAAACUCGUGAUUCAGUGACACGGACACGUGAUCCAUUGCCCGCGUCAAAAGAAGUUGUGGUUGUUCGAGGCCCUGGUAGGCCCCGUGCUCGUUUCGGCCGCAUGCGAGGAUCUUCGCCUGCAAAUUCAUCUCGACCCAACCAAAGUCUGUUGUGUGUAGUCCCUCCCAAUUCCAACAGCUCACCCGCAUCAUCUGAUCUUCUUACCAACACCACUCCAAACGGCAAUUAG